AUGGUUCCCCAUGUUACUGAUGCCAUCCAAGACUGGAUCCUCCAGGUCGCGGCUCAGCCCACUACCAAGUACAUUUCCAAGGGGACCCCUGGUGCUCCUCAUAUCUGCCUCAUCGAGUUGGGUGGUACUGUUGGAGAUAUCGAGAGUGCGGUAUAUUUAGAAGCUCUUCAGCAGUUCCAGCAUCGCGCUGGCAUCGAGAAUGUGUGCAUGAUUCAUGUUGGACUCGUACCCGUGAUGGGUGUCGUUGGCGAACAGAAGACUAAGCCCUGCCAGCACUCUGUCAAACUUCUUCGGGAGGCCGGAAUCAAACCCGACUUCCUUUUCUGUCGCUCAGAGCAGCCCCUCCAUGAUGAGACUCGGGCUAAGCUUGCACUCUUCUGCCAGACUCCUGAGGACCAUGUGAUCAGUCUUCAUGACGUCGCCAAUGUCUAUAAGGUCCCGUUGAUGCUGGACGAGCAGAAUGUGGGCAAGCUGGUGUUGGAGCGCCUCCAUCUCGACGUUCAUGGGCCGGCCAAAGCCACUAGGCACAGCUUGCUCCCGUCCCCGGCUAUCAACACAACCACUGUAGAGUCAUGUGCUCCGGCCAACUUGACUGAUUGGAGAGCACUGGCUGAGAAGGCAGAGAAGAUCAGUGAAGAUGUGGUGAUAGGCGUCGUUGGGAAGUACACGGGUCUCCAGGAUUCGUAUCUCUCCGUUAUCAAGUCGCUUAAGCAUGCCUCAAUCGAUGCAGGCUCUCGUCUGGUUAUUGAGUGGAUAGAAGCCUCCGACUUGGAGCCUCACCAACGUACGCACGCUCCUGAGCGUUAUGACUCUGCAUGGAAGCGUCUGAAGGCAUGUGAUGGUAUCCUUUGCCCUGGUGGUUUUGGUGACCGCGGUAUUGAAGGCAAAGCCCUUUGCGCGAGAUACUGCCGUGAGACCAACACGCCUUACUUUGGUAUUUGUUUGGGCUUGCAAACUGCUGUAAUAUCUUACUGUCGUGAUGUACUUGGUUUUGAGGAUGCUAACUCGGCCGAGUUCGACCCUUCGGCCGAAACUCAAUGUUGCGUGUCAUGCCUGAGUCUCGACGCAGUCAUGGGAG